CUUCACUAUAAGAACACAUGGCCCAAAACCAUUUUUCAUCUUCUCACAUUUUACGACUUUAGCGCGUACACUACACUUUCUAUUGCUAUGGAUAUUGGGGCCGAUCCGAUGCGCCGCCGGCAAUAUCACGGCUUCUACAGUUGCAUGUCGCCGUCGUGCGUCCCCGUUCACGAGGAGUACUCGCGGAUAAACGCCUGCCACGUCGACGCCGGCGGCCGGUACCGGAGACCGUCGUCCUCGUGGGGGAAGAUCAUAAAGAAAUUGGUGAACGACGGGAAGAUCAUGUGUAGAUCCAAGCCGCUGACGACGUCGUUCCAGUACGACGCCGUUAGCUACUCCCAGAACUUCGACGAGGGGCGCCGCGACGACGAGUUUCCCCGGAGACAUCAACUUUGCCGGGAUCUCCGAUUGAAUGUACAUAAUUAGUUUGAUUUAAUUUUUAAGAUUAGUAGUAUGUAUGUAGUGUCUGUUUUUGUGUCGUCUGGUUACUUUGAAAACAUCGAAGAUCUAUUCCUGAAUUAAAGCACAUAUAUUAUAUAUACAUACUGCAAUUUGAAUUGCUUAGCUUCAUUAUUGCUCAAUUUCAAAGCUUAUUGUUAAUUAGCCA